GCUAUAAUGCAGAUACAAAUAUCUAUUGUCCAUUGAAGCUGUUUGCCUGACUUUGCCCCGCUGCGUCUAAAGGGGCAACAUUAGCUCUUUGGUCUCCCUGAAAGUGUGUUCAAGGUUCAAGGAACGAAAAGGUUGAGUAACGUCAAGGGAGGUAUCUGUGCAUUCAGGUCUCACCUUCUUAUCUUAAACUUCAACCAGUCAUUUUCAUAAUCUUCUUUAAGGAUGGCUUGGACCAAGAAACAGCUUCUCCUGGCGUUGGUCAUGGUCGCCACAGGAUCGAUCAACACCUUAUCCACCAAGUGGGCUGAUCUCCAAACGUCAGAGAACCGACAGGGUCACGAGGUCGCGUUCAAACAUCCGUUCUUCCAGGCCACUGGCAUGUUCGUAGGGGAGACCAUGUGUAUGUUGGCCUUCUUCAUCCAGCGAGCAGUGGUACGACACCGCUCCCGAAACUCCAUGGAGCUGUCUUCUGAUUCCCUCAGAACUGAGGACUUCCCGCCUUUUAUCUUCUACAUACCAGCCAUUUGCGACAUGACGGCCACAUCCCUCAUGUACAUCGGCCUCAACCUUACCUUCGCCAGCUCAUUCCAAAUGCUGCGAGGUGCCGUGAUAGUGUUCACAGGCCUGCUUUCCGUGGCCUUCCUAGGCCGCCGCCUCCGCUACUUCCACUGGAUUGGAAUCUUCACCGUCCUCCUCGGCCUUAUCAUCGUGGGCCUCUCUGACUUCCUCAUCUCAGACUCGGGAGAUAACACGGACAUAAACGGCAUCAUCACAGGUGAUCUACUCAUCGUGAUUGCCCAGGUAGUGACGGCGACACAGAUGGUGGUGGAGGAGAAGUUUUUGUACAAGUAUAAUAUACCUCCCUUACUAGCAGUCGGUUGGGAAGGUUUGUUCGGGUUCCUAACACUAUCCAUCCUUCUGAUACCUAUGUAUUACAUCCCCAUCGGGACAUUCAGCGGAAACGAACGCGGGGUCAUGGAGGAUGCCAUAGACGCCUUUGUGCAGCUCGGGAACAACGGGCUCCUUCUGAUGGCCUUCCUGUUGAACGUCUUCAGCAUUGCUUUCUUUAACUUCGCCGGCGUGAGCGUGACAAAGGAGCUGUCUGCCACCACGAGAAUGGUGCUUGACUCCAUUCGCACGCUCGUCGUCUGGAUCUUCUCUCUCGUCUUUAAGUGGGAGCACUUCCAAUACCUACAGCCGGUAGGGUUCCUGGUGCUUGUAGUUGGUAUGAUGAUGUACAACGACGUGAUCAUCUUGCCCGUCCUGCGUCGCAGAGGCAUCGUCAAAGACGCUCCUGCUGAUCCUCCUCCCGCGCCAGUUUUUCAAGCCGCACAGAAACGGACGCAGCCUCCCGGUCAGGACGUGGUGGAUAACAACUCCAGGGUUGACCCUUUUUAAGCAUCCGCAAAUCUUAAAGCAUAUGUGUGCUUUUAUUAUUUAAAUGAACCAUGUGGCAUCCUUAAUUCUCUAUAAUGCUCACAUGCGCUGUUAUUUACUUACAUAUCAAAUGAUACGUGAAAUAAACCAAGAGACUGAAUAAAG